AUGGCUACCGCCUCUCCACCCUCUUCCCCCGUAUCAUCGGGCGGAAUUCCUAAACCACUCUUGAUGGGACAUAAAUUCAAAGCUCAACUCGCUCCUCUCGAGAGUAGUGAUGAUGAAGCAUCUCCUUCCAAAAAGUCCACGAACGAUAAACCUACAAAUCAUCUCGAUCUAUCACAACAGUCUACACAAAAUGACGACGCGUUAGAAGAUUCAGAGGAGGAUAUUAUCAUACCCAGAGGCAAGCUUGCAGCUCGAAUGCAGGGAGCCACUCGAACAGCGAAGGAUGGAGACGCUUCAAAUCAGAACGAAACCGCCUGGGACCGGUCAAGAAAGAGUCUACUCGAGCAAGAACACAAAGAAAACAAUGUCGAUAUGACAGACGCUCAAUCGGAAGACGACGGCACUCCCGUUGUAGGCCGAAUAUUAGUUCGCAAGGCGCCUUCGUCACCAAUUGUUAGGAACACCUCUCGAGGUGUCAGUCCAUCACCCCUUGUAUCACCAUCCGAAUCCAUGCAUAACCACUCGGAUUUUGAAGAUGAUAUGCCUGUCGCCAAGUCUGACCGCUUCAAGGCAAUGACUGAUCGCUACAUAAAAAAGCGUCAAGCGGAAGAUGCUGCCAAAGAAGCCAAAUAUGCUGAAAAACGUGCUCAGCAAGAGGAGCUCACUCAAGAGCUCGAGGAGAUGGUCUCAGAUGACGGUUCGGGCAUUACCGAUGACGAAGGUGGCCGACGACUUACACAGACGGAUCAACCUAGUGCUCGGAAAGCAAGCAAGAAAGCCAUCGAGGAGAUGAACAGAGAAACCCAAAGAAUGUCGAGAAACAUGCAUCUGGCACAUGCGGCCAAGACACGAAAGAAGAUCAGCAAGAACAGCCUCUUUGAGCGUUUCAACUUCCGACCAGCGGGCGAACCGCAACUCAAGGUUGCUAGUUCGAGUAGGGGACCGACGCCUUACAGUGAUGUCGAGAUGCAGGACGCCGAUACACCCCCUAGUUCUCCGCCAGGAUCUAAAGAAGUCCCCGAGACCACCGAGGUCCCGGCAGCCAUUGCUGAGAACGACGAUUUUGAUUUACCAACAAUAGAUACUCUAGCUGAGACUACCAAGCUGAUUAUAGACAAGGGCAAAGGAAAGGCGGUUGAUACACCAAAACAACAGGAACAACCAGCUCAAAAGCCUAAACGCCAAUUCCGUGUCGUUCUUCCACCCGUCCGAGCCAAUGCCACUAUGUCGGAUUCAGAUGACGAGUUGGAAAUUACGACGACGAGCAAAGACAAAGUUCGAGCUGUGUUUGACAUGGCUCCAACCAAGAAAGCUCAGGAGCACAGCUCUGUCCAGGCGCUGCGCGCCCUUGCACAGGUCAAGUCUCCUGGAAAGGAAACAAGACGAAAGAACGAAAACCACGGCAUGACAGCAGGCGAGCUUCAAACAUAUCUUCAGCAGAAAGCAAGACAACAAGCGAAGGUAGAGCGUGAUCGCAGACUUGAACUGCUCAAGGCUCAAGGUCAUGUCAUCCAGACUGCGGAAGAUCGCGAGCGCGAAAUGGAGGAGGCCGAUAACAUGUUCGCCAGAGCAAAGGAAGAGGCACAUAAGCUUAUGCAGCAAGAACAUGCGGCCGACAAGAAGGAAAAGAAGGCCAAUGGCGAAGUUGAUCCCCUGGCUUGGGAUGACAGUGAUGACGAAGAGUAUCAGGCAUCCGGUGACGAAGCUGAUGGAGAGAUAUCAGCUGUUGAGCUUUCCGGAUCUGAAGACGAGGAUGUAGAGGGCGACGAGGAGGAAGACGAGGACAACCCGAUGAUCGAGGGCGAGGCCGAGGAUGGAGAGUCCGAGGUCUCUGCGGAUGAAGAUGGUGACUCAACUCCUGUGGCCAGCCAAGAUGUUAACGACGACGCUGAAGAGAUACCGGUCAUGAGGAGACGGCGGACACGAAAACCCGUUGUUCUUUCCGAUGACGAAGAGGACGACGCGGUCAAAAUGACACCUAAACCCAAAACCACCACUGUACAUACAUCACCUAUGGUGUCCAACACCCAAUCUCCGAUCGCACCCAGAUCAGUACUACGCUCAGCUAAGAAGAACUUCAUCCCUGGUCUACCUGUGCAAGGGGCGGCCGGACUGGGGUUGACCCAGAUCUUCGCUGGCACCAUGGAUGAUAGCCAGAUGGAUUCUGCCAACGGCCCAACUCAGUCCAUGAUGCCCGAUUUCGACCAUUUCCCCGACUCCAACUUCUCUGCAACCAUGGAUGAGCCUCUAGAGGAUAUGAUUCUGGACAGCCAGAAUGAUGACACCCAAAAGACUACUCAGGGUGUGAAACUCGACUUUUCGCAAUCUCAAACCCGUGGUCUUGACAGCCUACUUCGUCAAGAGAGCACUCAACUCUCCGACAUGAUCGAUUUCACCCAGGACGAGGGUCUGCAGACUAAAACACCUCUCAAGGACAGAUUCAUCGAAGCACCGAUUUCCACUAUAGAGACAAUGAUGGCUGAUUCUGAGGACCCAACCCAGGCCUCACCACUAGUUCGUCGUGGGCGUCUUCGUCGUAAGAUGGAGACGUCUCAGCGGAUUGAAGAGACCCCAGAGCCAUCAUCCUCAGACAAACCUGACACAGCCUUCCACGCGUUGCAAGAAGGCGCAAAGAAGGAGAAGAAGAAACGACUCCAGGCUGAGUUUGACUACAAGAACAGUAAGGCCAAGGAGAUGGUUCAGGAACAGGCUGAGGAAUCAGAGGACGAGUACGCUGGUCUCGGAGGUUUGGAUGGCGAGGACAGCGACAAUGAGUCUGCCGCAUCACUGAAAGAUAUCAUCGACGAUGAUGCCGGCAACGAUGUUGACGAAGCUAAGCUCGCUGGGUUCUAUGCUGAUCGAGAACGCGCGGAAGAUGAGAAGCAAAUCGAAAAACUCUUCAAAGACGUCACGAAUGGUAUGCUUCGUCGCAAGCGAGGCGAGGGCUACGACCUCGACGACUCAGAUGAUGAUGGUGAAGCCCGUCGCCGCAUGAAGCGUCGAAACUUCGCCAAGAUGCAUAAAGCCUUGUUCGCUGAUGAACGUGUGAAGAAGAUGGCCGAGAAACCUGGAAAUGAGGCUUUCCUGAAGACGAUCGAGGAUCGUGGCAGCGACGACGAAAUGGAUUUCCUCGAUGCACCUGAAGAGAUCAACGAGUCUUCACAGUCUCAAUCUCAGUCUCAAGGAGAGGAGACCAGCAAGACCCAGACCGUUCCUGACAGCCAACCACAAAAGGUCCUUGGUUCUGCAGAUAACAGGCCACCUGCUCAUCUGCGCAGAACCAAAGAUGGCAAGAAGCCCUCCAACAUUGGUGAGGUCCGGGAGACGUUGUCUGAUCUGCUCGAGGAACCUCAUGGUUCAGUCAUCCCAGCAACCGAAGCUGGAUCAGACAGUGAGGAUGAAGGAGGCGCUCUUUCGCAAGCCCGAGGCGACAAGGAAAACAACGGAUCCAAUGCUCGCCGUGGACGCGUCGCCAUCGUUGACCGUAUCAGCCUCAAGCGCAACAGCUCUUCAAAUGUUAGCACUAGCCGCCUUGCCUUUGCCACAGCAUUUAGCUCUUCAUUCAAGGUGCCCGCGCUGCUACGUCGUGCGACCACCAACUCCUUUGUUUCUGGCACAGCUUCUACCACCACAAGCUCAGCGUCAUCAACACAGGCCAGCGGAUUCGGUGAAGAGGCCAAGAUCAAGAAGGGAGCCAGCAAAAAGAGCGGCGUGCACGCCUUUGCACGGGACAGCGAGAGACGAGCGAAGCUUGAGCAGAACGAGCGAAAGAGAGAGGAAAGGAAGGUUAAGGGAGCUGAGAGGAGAAUUGGAGUUGUGGGUGGUCUGUUGGGCAAGGGAUCGUUUGAGUAA